UCCAAGCAUAAUUCAUGGAAGUAUGUGUUUGGCAGCGGGACCCAGCUCACUGUUUUAGGUCAGCCCAAGGCCACCCCCUCGGUCACUCUGUUCCUGCCAUCCUUUGAGGAGCUCCAAGCCAACAAGGCCACGCUGGUGUGUCUCAUGAGUGACUUCUAUCUGGGAAUCUUAACGGUGACCUGGAGGGCAGAUGGUACCCCCAUCACCCAGGGCGUGGAGAUGACCACACCCUCCAAACAGAGCAAGAAGUACACAGCCAGCAGCUACCUGAGCCUGACGCCCGAGCAGUGGAGGCCCCGCAGAAGCUACAGCUGCCAGGUCACACAUGAAGGGAGCACCGUGGAGAAGACAGUGGACCCUGCAGAAUGUUCGUAGAUUCCCAACCCUCACCCCAGCCACAGGGUUCUGGAGCUGCAGGAUCCCAGGGGAGGG